CCUGAGUACAUGAUACAUGAGUUAGGUAUUAUUACUCUGUACCCUGUAAUAGAUACUUUAUCGCUGUCAGUCAAAAAAUCCUGUUCACGCAGACAAAGUCACAAGUAAAGACUAGUGUUGUAUUGUUGUUAGUAUCUAGUAUACUGUACAAUAACUUUCCUUUUCUGUACUAUAAAAAAAUAUAUGUCGUUAUUUUUGUGAACGAACAAUAAAUACCUUGGAAACUACAAAUGAGAUAUGAAAUCAGUCGAUCUGAAAAACCCAUAUUAUUAUACAUUAAUAAUCAUACAUAAUUUUCUCCCUUUAAUUUGCCGCAUACCGUAGGUAUGUUAUUAAAACAUCAUCGGACACCCGGAAGACAGCUCGUGUCAAUAAAUCAGCCCUCGUUAACCAAGAUGCUGCGACCACCAACCCAUAUCGGAUGAUCGUAAUUGAUAUCUGUGCACAUUAUGAUUCCAAUUAAUCACUAGGCAGUGGCAAAUUAUACACACUGUUAAGAAUUGUAGCUUAAAUAAAUUUCGCCUGGCAACAUUUUCGCACAAAAAAAAAAAAGUCUGUCGGUUGUUAUCGAAUGUGUCGGUAGAACGUACGUUCGUUGUCGUCGUUCUCGUUUAAAAAUAUUAUCGCACGCGUGCAUAUAUUGCCGCGAAUAUCGUUUGUCUUUUCGUAUCGCUUUUUUAAUCAUAUCACACAUAACCAAGAGGCUGAUUUAGAGGCGGGCAUUGCACUGCUGGUCGGUUCAAGGCGGUGGAUAGGUAACCUGGAUCUGAGGGUAAGUUCGAACGAGCCAGAAGUACUGGGAAGCCUAAAGCCAGAACCGAAUCCUGCUAACUACAAAGUUUCAGGUCAGUGGUCUCCACUUUAAUUAUCCUCUUGUGUUUCUUAUGUUAACUACCACCAUUGUAUUAAAAUUUCAUACAGUCCACUAAUAACCGUUGCCGGACGAUUAAUUUCAUUUUUUGUAAGAUCUUAUUUUACGAACGGUCAACAUUUUGUUGGUCCUUCGAGCCGGAUUUUGUUGUAAGGCGAUCUUUGGAUAAUUUAGUGUAAUUUCGAGUUUAAAAAACUAAUUUUCGUAAUUCUUUCGCAUUAUUAAUUUUUUGUAAAAAUAAGUGGGUAUUUUACAUCAUACAUUAGCAAUCAGGAUUUCUUCCAUUUUGACGCCAUAUUGCGUUUCGUUGUAUUAAUUUCAUGAAACGUUUUGUUCCAUCAUUUGUCGCAAUAAAUCUCGCCGAUCGUUUUUAUUGAAAUAACUUUUUGCAAAAUAAUAAAAACAUUAUUCAUUGAAUAUAAAUAAAUAUUUUCAUUGUUAAUAUUGAUAAUUUAAAAAUCGUAAUUCUUUAUCUAAAAUAUUUAAAUUGAUUUUGCGCUAAUAAAACUUAUCGUUUCAGAACGUAUCUUAAAAGUGACUGUCAAUGUAAAAAUUGAUUGUCAUAUUUUGUUUUCGUAAUUUGGUUGUCAAUUUCGUUUGUUUUGAUUUUGUUGUUUGUUAUUUUCCAAGUUAUUUCAUUUUAUUUGGAUAUUGCGUUGUAAUUAAAAAAUAGUUAUUUUGUUAAACAAUGGAAACCAGUCGUUCAUCGUUGGAUGCAGGCGAUAGAAAUCGCAUUGGGCGUGAUUAUGCUUUUGCCCGCAUAGAAAUGAUGGAGGGCACCGAUUUAAUUGGUUAUAGUUUACAGGAUGUAAAGGAUAUUGAGGAUGAUUUCCAUAAGUCACAGUUGGAACUAUUAACAUCGUUGUCCGGGAGUGAUACAUCCAGUGAAUUAAAAUUGUCAUUUCGUUUUGAGCAAAUAGUAAAAUCAAUAAAACAUCGUUUGAAAAAUAUAGAACAGAAACCUGUUAUAUCGUCUAGUGGUAGUAGUAAUAUGAAAUUACCCAGAAUUAUUAUAAAACCCUUUGACAGCCGUAUUGAAAAUUGGGUCUCUUUUAUUCAGUUGUUCGACUCACUAAUUCACUCUAAAGAGAUAGCACCAGUAGAAAAACUUCAUUACUUAUUGUCAAAUGUUCAAGGUGAAGCUUUAGAUUUAAUAAAAAAUUAUCCCCUUUGUGAUGAAAACUAUUUGUUAGCAUAUAACACCUUAAAACACAAAUAUGAACAAAAAAGAGUCAUCGCUACUGUCUUUUAUGAAAGAUUAUUAAAUUGUGAAUCAGUGAAGUCAAAGAGUAGCUUAGAAUUAAACAGAAUUUGUCGAACAUUUAAAGAAAAUUUAGAUAUACUUUCGAAAUACCAGUUACCUGAUAGUAAUUUCAUGUUAUUUAAUUUGUUGUGGAGUAAAUUGGAUGCAGUAACAAGGGAAGCAUUUGAGUUACAACUGGAUUCAAAUGUUGAUAUACCUAAAUAUGAAAAUUUAAUUAACUUCAUAGAAAAAAGAAGUCGAGCCUUGGAGAAUUCAAACACAUCAAAGUCAAAUAUUAUUACUAGUAAACCAACAAUUAGGUCAAAACCAUCGCUUAUUGUGCCUUCGGUUAACUGUAUUGCUUGUUCUUCUUCCAGUCAUAGUGUGGAGAAGAUGGUAAUUUUUAUUACAUUCCGCAUCAUGGAGUGAUGCGGCCUGACUCGGCUACUACUCCUUUGCGUACAGUAUUCGAUGCAAGCGCCAAGGAUACUACAGGAAGGUCCUUAAAUGAUUCUUUAUUACCGGGCCCUAAGCUGCAAAAGAACAUUUUUGACUUGUUAGUCAGAUUUCGUUGGCAUGCAGUUGUGUUCACUGCAGAUAUCAAGCAGAUGUAUCGUCAAUUUCUUGUUCAUCUUCGAGACUGUGAUUAUCAACGCAUUUUGUGGCGUCCUUCUCCUAAUGAUUCUGUUAGGGAUUUUCGAUUACUCACAGUGACUUAUGGUGUAUCCUGUGCCCCAUAUCAGGCUCUUUGGUGCAUUGCUAGGUUGGCAAAGGAAUUUUCGUCUCUUGCUUCACGUGGUAGUGCAGUAUUAGCUAGAGAUACUUAUGUUGAUGACGUCGUAUCAGGCGCCGAUUCUGUAGAGAAUGCUCUGCAAAUACGUCAGGAAUUAGUAGAAAUUUUGUCGUCGGGUCAUCUUCACUUGCGUAAAUGGACUUCAAACUGUCCAGAAUUUCUAGAAAAGGUGUCAGAUUCCGACUUGUACUCGGAGCAACUUCGUGAUUUUGAAGAUGUUCGUGAUGUUUCGGUUAAAAUAUUGGGUCUUUCAUGGUUUCCUGGGGAUGAUCUUUUUACAUUUAAGACAUCUUCCAGUGAUACUCGUUGUACCAAGCGAUCCAUUCUGUCGGACAUCGCUAGAAUCUUCGACCCAUUGGGUUUGUUAGCACCAGUGGUAUUUCUGGCAAAAUAUUUGAUACAACUUUUGUGGUUAUCGGGUGUCGAUUGGGAUAGUGAUGCUCCCGUCACUAUCAGUCAAGAGUGGUCUAAAUUUAAAUCACAAUUGUCGUCGUUAAGUUCGUUUUCCAUUCCUCGCAGAAUGGUCGAGUCUUUCGAGUCAUUACAACUCCAUGGGUUCUGUGAUGCCUCGGAAAGAGGUUAUUGUGCCGUCAUAUAUUGUCGUGUCGUUAAGAAUGAUGGUUCUGUCGUCGUGCGCUUGUGUUGUGCAAAAUCAAAGGUAGCUCCUCUACGUAAGUGCUCAAUUCCACGUUUGGAAUUGUUAGCAGCUGUCUUAUUGUCGGACUUAAUUUGCUCAUUUGUCGAUGCUUUAAAAGAGUUUUAUCCCUUUAGUAAUAUUUAUGCUUGGUCAGAUUCAACUGUCGCUCUGACUUGGAUUCGUGCUUGUCCAUCUAAAUGGAAAACUUUCGUGGCUAAUAGAGUGGUAAAUAUUCAGGAGAAAGUCCCUCCGCAAAAUUGGCAUCACGUUUCUGGGUUUGAAAAUCCAGCGGAUUGU